CCCAGGUACGCGGACAAGAUGGCGGCGGCAGCGGUCGACAGCGCGAUGGAGGUGGUGCCUGCUGUGCCUGAGGAGGCCGCGCCCGAGGCCACGGGCCUCAGCUGCCUCGUCAACCUGCCGGGAGAGGUGCUGGAGUACAUCCUGUGCAGCGGCUCGCUGACGGCCGCCGACAUCGGCCGCGUGUCCAGCACCUGCCGGCGGCUGCGCGAGCUGUGCCAGAGCAGCGGGAAGGUGUGGAAGGAGCAGUUCCGGGUGAGGUGGCCUUCCCUGAUGAAACACUACAGCCCUACCGACUACGUCAAUUGGUUGGAGGAAUAUAAAGUUCGGCAGAAAGCUGGCUUAGAAGCCCGCAAGAUUGUAGCCUCGUUCUCGAAGAGGUUCUUUUCAGAGCACGUUCCUUGCAAUGGCUUCAGCGACAUUGAGAAUCUGGAGGGACCAGAGAUAUUUUUUGAGGAUGAACUGGUGUGCAUCCUAAAUAUGGAAGGAAGGAAAGCUUUGACCUGGAAAUACUAUGCAAAGAAAAUUCUUUACUACCUGCGGCAGCAGAAAAUUUUAAACAAUCUGAAGGCUUUUCUUCAGCAGCCUGAUGACUAUGAGUCAUACCUUGAAGGUGCUGUGUACAUUGACCAGUACUGCAAUCCUCUGUCUGACAUCAGCCUCAAGGACAUCCAGGCCCAGAUCGACAGCAUCGUAGAGCUUGUCUGCAAAACCCUUCGAGGCAUCAACAGUCGCCACCCAAGCUUGGCCUUCAAGGCAGGUGAGUCUGCCAUGAUCAUGGAAAUAGAGCUCCAGAGCCAGGUGCUGGAUGCCAUGAACUACGUCCUGUAUGACCAACUCAAGUUCAAGGGAAAUCGCAUGGAUUACUACAAUGCCCUGAACUUAUACAUGCACCAGGUCCUGAUUCGCAGAACAGGAAUCCCAAUCAGUAUGUCUUUGCUGUACCUGACAAUUGCCCGGCAGCUGGGAGUCCCGCUGGAACCUGUCAACUUUCCAAGCCACUUCUUGCUAAGGUGGUGCCAAGGGGCUGAAGGGGCAACGCUGGACAUCUUUGACUACAUCUACAUUGAUGCCUUUGGGAAAGGCAAGCAGUUGACGGUGAAAGAAUGUGAAUACUUGAUCGGCCAGCACGUGACUGCAGCACUGUAUGGCGUGGUCAACGUGAAGAAGGUGUUGCAGCGGAUGGUGGGGAACCUGCUCAGCCUGGGCAAGCGGGAGGGCAUUGACCAGUCGUACCAGCUCCUGAGAGACUCCCUGGACCUGUAUCUGGCGAUGUAUCCGGACCAGGUGCAGCUGCUGCUCCUCCAGGCCAGGCUCUACUUCCACCUGGGGAUCUGGCCAGAGAAGUCUUUCUGUCUUGUCUUGAAGGUGCUUGACAUCCUCCAGCACAUUCAAACCCUCGACCCUGGGCAGCACGGGGCGGUGGGCUAUCUGGUACAGCAUACCCUGGAGCACAUUGAGCGCAAGAAGGAGGAGGUAGGCGUGGAGGUUAAGCUGCGCUCCGAUGAGAAGCACAGGGAUGUCUGCUACUCCAUCGGGCUCAUUAUGAAGCACAAGAGGUACGGCUAUAACUGUGUCAUCUACGGCUGGGACCCCACCUGCAUGAUGGGACACGAGUGGAUCCGGAACAUGAACGUCCACAGCCUUCCUCAUGGGCACCACCAGCCCUUCUAUAACGUGCUGGUGGAGGAUGGUUCCUGUAGAUACGCAGCCCAAGAAAACCUGGAAUAUAAUGUGGAGCCUCAAGAAAUCUCACACCCAGAUGUGGGACGCUAUUUCUCAGAGUUUACCGGCACUCACUACAUCCCCAACGCAGAGCUAGAAAUUCGGUAUCCGGAGGACCUGGAGUUUGUCUAUGAGACGGUGCAGAAUAUUUACAGUGCGAAGAAGGAGAACAUAGACGAGUAAAGUCUAGUCUCGAGAACAUUGCCCCUUUGCCGCUGCUGCUAUCUUCCCAGAGAACGGGAUUCCGGAAGCGGACGUCUCCAGUGCCCCUGGAGUCACGGCACCGGGAAAGCCACUUCAGCCAGGAGUGCUGCUUGCCUCCUGCUCAGUUUAGAUAGGUGUGCUCUCCUCCAGCUGCAAAGACAAUGUUGCUCUCGGCCUACACUAGUGAAUUGAUGGGAAAGGCACUGUGUUCAGUGGCAUGGCUUGUAUGCUUGUCCUGUAGUGACAGUUUGUGACACCCUGUCUCCAUGAGGUCUCCAACGGUUGACACCCGCAUAUCCGUUCUAUCCACGUGGCAUUCCUCCAUCUGUCUACACCUGUCUCAGAACAUUUCAUUUGCUGGACGGAUGACUGUGUGCACACUUGGGGCAGACACGGGGCCUCUGGGUCCCCGAUUCAGUGGCAGUGACUGCUCUCUGGCCUCGGGCACACGGUCCCUAACAGGACAGUCUGUCCGGUUAGCUGCAUCUUCAGGGCACAGGUUGAGUGCUUUCUCGGCAACAUCUUGGAGAUGAAGACGUUAACAAACUAAUGAUAAUUAGAAUCAUUUGAAUUAAUUUUUUUAAUAUGUGAAACACACAUUUCAAAUGUUUAUCCUUUUUUUAGACUGGGAGAAUAAUAGUUUUCCCUUCUGAAUUCCUCUGUUAGGUUUAUGCACAUCACUACAGAUCUUUAGUUUUCUGUUACACAGAAUCCUUUGAGAGAGUGCAUGGUGAUUGCCUUUAUGGGUGGAGUUCUCCACAUUCAUCUACUCUUGCUUCCCUUGAAGUGACUACUUGUGUUCUUGAUCUGCUGCAGCACAUUAUUAAACCCGCCAUGGGUUCUUUUUGUGGUGAAACACAGAAAUCUGACAUGAAAAAAUGUUUGCUCCUCAGAAUCCUACCCCCUGGUGUCCAAAGACCAGAAGUCUGGGAUUUCACUUUUGUCAUUUAAAAAAACAAAAAGGAGAAGAUAGAAGGAAGCUUAAAAACUUCUGAAAGAGGAGCUUUCACACCCUUCAUCAUGACGCAGUCACUUCAAGACUUCUCUGGAAGUGGCGGGGUGGACACGCACAGAUGGUUUUUCGUUUCUGGCGUGCGGGCGCCCAGGGACAGAGGUGCGUGUGCGCUCUUCAUGCCCAGCUGCCAGUGCCCAUGCCUGGCCCCGGGAAGGGUGGGGCUCGGUGUUCCCGGGCUGUCCUCUGUGCUGCUCCCAAGCUCCUGCCACCCGCACUGCCGGUGUCCGGCCAGCUCGUCUUGUAAUUAACCAGUAGAAACUGCUUUCUGGAGGUAGUUGUUUUACUCUGCGUUUCAAGUACGCAGCACAGUUAACUCGAGCGAAGGAGGCUCCAGGUCUUCUGGGCCCACUGGCCUCGCCGCCCUCCCACCCGUCUCUCCGUCUGCAUGCUAUUUCCUCACACCGUUGUUGAAUGACUGCUUCCUGAUUCCUCCGUGGAAAGCCCACGGUGACGGAGGUUUGGGGAAGCCCCCGAGAGCAUCUCCUAGCUAGGGAAGGUUGUGGGACGGCUGUUGGGGGUUUGACCAGCCGGCUCCUUCGAAUCUCCAGGAGUUCUUCCUCUCCGCUCCAAUCCAGAGUCAGAGGGUUUGGACUUGAGUUUGAGAAUGGACCACGCCACCCCUCGCCCGCUGAGGCCAGGGGACUUGACACUACACUGCUUUCAAGGUGACAGGUUGAGAACAGGAAGUUGUCCACUCGGAAUUGGGGAGCAUGCCAGAGGUAGACACGUUGGUCUUGUGAUUUGAUUUCUGUUUCCCUUAGAGUCGCAUCGAAGGCAAGAAAGCUGGUUUUACCUUUGCUGACCCAGUUGUAAAUAUGUACCUGGACUGUUUUUAAAUGUGUUUCUUCAUGAAUGCUCCCCCUGGCUCCGGGAAACCUGUAUCACCUGUGUACGUCGCUAUUUGGGCACUUUAUAUUUUUCUAAAAACGUGUUUUGGAUCCUGUACUCUAAUAAAUCAUAAGUUUCUUUUUAAAA